CCCAGCAUUUCUGUUCCCGGUCAUUCUAAGGGCUGUGUCGGUUCGCUUCAGCUCAAGUGAUUGGUUGUAUGCUUCCUCCAAUCUGUCUGCGCUUGUCUUCUGAAGACUUCACUUUGACAUUUGGAGCAUGUGUGAACGAGGCGGCGGCGCGGAGCGGAGCGGCCAUCCCUGAAACACCGGGGGUAGGCGAAGUGACGCAGCAAUUCCCCCGAUGUAUUUUUAAUCCAUCAGUCUCUUCUGUGAGGAAUUGUCUCAUGUGAGUGCAGUCAUCAUGACAUCGGUUUGGAAGAGACUUCAGCGCGCUGGCAAAAGAGCGUCGAAGUUCCAGUUCGCCGCGUCCUUUCAAGAACUCACCGUUGAGUGCACUAAGAAGUGGCAGCCAGACAAACUGCGAGUGGUUUGGACCAGACGAAACAGACGCAUCUGCAGCAAGCUUCAUGGCUGGCAGCCAGGUAUCAUGAACCCAUACAGGGGGACUGUGGUUUGGCAGGUUCCUGAGAGCGUGGACAUCACUGUCACUCUUUUCAAGGAUCCAAAUGCAGACGAAUUUGAGGAUAAAGACUGGACCUUCAUCAUAGAAAAUGAAACAAAGGGCCACCGAAAAGUUUUAGCGUCAGUGGAUGUGAACAUGAAGAAGUACACGAGCGCGACCCUGGCUCAGUUUGACCUGACACUUACACUGAAGCCUCUGUCUGUCAAAGUGUUGGACGCCACGCUUAAACUCACCCUGUCCUGUGUCUUCCUGAAGGAGGGCAAAGCUACUGAUGAAGACAUGCAAAGUCUGGCGAGUCUGAUGAGUUUGAAGCCGUCUGACAUUGGAAACCUGGAGGACUUCAAUGACAGCGAUGAAGAGGAGGACAAAAGAAUGUUUGCAGCGGUGAAAAUGGCCACAGCAGUAAUAGCUCCUCUUCCUCCAGCUAGGAGAAUACAUGACAAGGCCUGGAGACCUGCUGUAGACACAGGUUUCUCUGACACAGAGCAACACAGACAGUUAAGUGUAUUAGCGGAGGAGGAAUGUCCCAAUACAGUGUCUUCUGCUGAUGAGGAUGCAGACGUUCAUCAGAACUAUGAACCCCAACCUCGCAGAGCAGGAGUCAUCCGUACAGCCAACCAUAGAACAAACAGCGGUUUGGACAAGCCACGGCCUGUUUCUGGACUAGAGGUUGUGCGGCCUGCAAAAGGACAAGCAACAGCUGAAGAUUCCUCCAGUCGUCCUGUGCCAAUGCCUCGUGUGAAGAAACGUUCAAGUGCCUCUUUACCAGAAGAUGCCUCCAUUCCCAGUUCCUCAUCAGCCAGUCAAAGUACGGUUUCAGGAAAGGCCAAUAAUGAGCCCACAGUGCCUGUUUGUAAUAAACGAAGAGCUGCAGCAGAUGCCAUAGACCUUCAGGGAAGUUCCACAGCUCACACAUCACCAACCAGUGAAACAGAGAUUGGGACCUUGGUGAAUUCCAGUCAGUCUCUGUUGGAAUGGUGCCAAAAGGUCACACAAGGUUACAAAGGCGUCCGCAUAUCAAACUUCAGCACCUCAUGGAGAAACGGCCUCGCUUUCUGUGCCAUCCUGCAUCACUUCCAUAAAGAUAAAUUGAAUUAUGAAAUGCUGGAUCCAUAUGACAUUAAGCGCAACAACAAGAAGGCGUUUGAUGGCUUUGCUGAACUGGGCAUCUCUAGGUUGAUAGAGCCUUCUGACAUGGUGCUGCUGGCAGUGCCUGACAAACUCAUCGUGAUGACGUAUCUCAACCAGAUCCGCACCUAUUUCACCGGCCAGGAGCUCAGUGUCAUACAGAUCGAGAAGAACAGCAGCGAAUCCAGUUACGCUGUUGGUGAGAAGAGGGAGGAAGCCGACUCUGAAGCCGCUGUUCGCUACUGUGCCGAAAGGCUCCAGAGCAGCGGCAUCACUCUAGAGACCAAUGGAAGCUUCGCUGAAAAGGAAGUCAAAGGAGGUGCUGGUGUUUUGGUGCCACCUCCAAGAACGAAGCGAGCGCAGGGCCCAAGCCAGGCUCAAGGAUCAGGGGCCACUCAGCCUCCAGUGGCACCACCCAGAAAGGCCUUUUCUCAUCUCAAGGAUGCAGAUCUUGUUAAAAAGCGUAGAUCAAAGCUGCGGGGAGAGUCAAUGGAUGAGCCUGAACCACAUGAACAGCAGAGUGGUACAGAGGCUGCAUCAGUCCAAGCAGAAAGUGAAGCAGUCAAAGGAGGUUCAGAGUCACAAAAUGUAGAGAAUGUUGAAGAUGCUACUGCAGGAGGGAAUCAGGAUGGCAGCCAAUAUGUCCUUAGUGAGAUUCAGGCACUGGAGGCUGAACAGAAGCAGAUAGAUUGCAGAGCAGACAUUGUGGAGAAGAAACUAAAAAGACUUAUGGAAUCUGGUAGUGAUCGUGUAGAAGAAGAAACACUGAUUCAGGAGUGGUUUACCCUGGUCAACAAGAAGAAUGCUUUGAUCAGGAGACAAGACCAUCUGCAGUUACUGCAAGAAGAGCAAGAUUUGGAGAAAAGGUUUGAGCUGCUAAAGAAAGAGCUUCAUGAUUUAAUGGCUGUGGAAGAAUGGAAGAAAACCGAGGCCCAUAAAACCAGAGAGCAGCUGUUGUUGCAGGAGCUGGUGUCUUUAGUCAACCAGAGAGACGAGCUUGUGCAUGACAUGGAUGCCAAAGAGAGAGGGGCUCUUGAAGAGGACGAGAGGUUGGAGAGAGGACUAGAAAUGAGGCGCAGGAAAUUUGGAAGUCAGAAAGAGAAGUGUGUGUUACAAUGAGGGAUCCUGUGCACCUGCUUUUAUCAAAGUCUCUUUAAGAAAAAAAAAAGUCAUGUCACUCAGCGGCCAUCUUUGAAAUGCCUCUCGGGCAUCCAAGUGCAGCUCCUAUCUCUUUGAACGGGGAAACAUUAAAUUCUCCAAAAUUUCUUCAACAAGUUUAGGAUUAAAUUUCAUAUUUGAAAUCACCAAAUAAAUCUGACAACAACUGUGCCUUAAAUGUUGUUACUUUUGUUUAAAUAGUGUUAUAAAAAGCUUAUUUCUCAGGCUAGAUCAGCAAAUGUGCAUUCGCAGUCCUAAGAGUACGUCUCAGAGUGCUGACUGUUUCUAUAGCAACCAGGACUUCUAAGGCAGCUGCUGACUUUACAGAUUUGCGAUUGGCUCUUUCAUUCAGAAGGCGGGGCUUUCUGCGAUUGAGCGAGAAGGUUAUAAUUGCAGCCUGGACAUCUCCAAAUAGGGGCGGGAACUCCAAAACAGGGCGGGAGCUCCAAAAUUGGGCGUGGCUUCCUCCCAUUGACAGACCAGCGCAUGACACGCAUGCACAAUUUUUUCCCCAAUCCACUUCAGUGCAAACUCCACCCCACAGCUGAUUCUUGAGUUAUUAUUGGUUUUGUCAGUUAAAGUGUUUCCUACACUAUGCAAAAAAAAAAAAAAAUGCUAACCCCUAAACCUACCCCACACCUUACCUUAACCAGUGAAAAUGACUGAAUGGCAGGAUUGGCGCUGAAUAGUGUGGUAAAGAAAGUUCAGGACAUAAACAGUUAAUACGAUUAUUCGAUAUGCGAUGGCACCUUUUUAGUUACACCCAGCAUCACUACCCCCUCCUAGCCUGUGAAUUUCGUGCCCCGGGACGACCCCGUUGCUUGGAAUAAAACGAUAGAGUAAUAUCUUUCCCCUCCUCUGGGACAGCUCCUGAGUGAUUCCCGUUUACAUCAUGAAGCAGAGGUUCAGAUUCGGGUCCAGACACCACUGGCCACAAGCUUUGGGCUCUGCUCUCAUGGAGAACAUUUAUUUAUAUAGCAUAUUUUAUUUUAGAUGAACUAGAAACAAUGUUUAAUUUAUAAAGUUUUAUUUUGAAAUGUAAGUCAGUAACAAUUGGCUGAAGCCACAGCCAAUGGUGAAAGUCUUUGCGAAAGGAGACCCUGCCCCAUAUUGGAGGUUCUGCCCAAUUUUUGGAAUUCACGGCCCGUUUUGGAGAUCUCCGGUCUGCAGUUAUACCUACUUGGAUUGAGCGGAUAUACUGAGCGUUGCAUUGUUCCCCAUUCAAAACUAUAAGAGUGACAUUUCUUGGGUAUUCCAUAGUCUUUGCUUUUAUACAGGAAAGUCCCAUGUUAAAUCCUCUGCUGAUGGACUAGUGACUGAGGUGUGUGUGGACCAUAUCACAACAAAUGACAAGGAGAUCGAGCAGCAUUAAUGCCCAUUUCAGGGUGGAUUAAAAGUUGUCUUAUUUUGGAGACCUUUUUAGUUUUAGAAUAUUUGUCUGAAAAAGUGAAAUAGACAGUUGUAAUGUCCCAUAGUCUUCUGAUAGCAGUUCUUGUUUUACAUUUUCAAUAAAAAUAAUAUACAUGUGGCCUUUGCAGUUUUAUUACCUUAACUUGUUUGUAUAAGUUGGUUGCUGCAGGGAUUUUUAAGGUAUCUCAAAGAUAUGUAAAAUAGUACAGUAUAAGUUUAAACAGAGCAUUCAGUUUUAAAUGUCACUGUUGUGUUACAAGGAGAUUAUGUUAAGUUAUGCAAGUCAUACAUUAAACUAACCUAACAAGCAGACAAUACAGCACAAAAGCAUGGGAGAAAAUCCAAAUUUUGCACAAAAUUACUCUAUUAAGGCACCCUUUUUAUGGAUAUCAUUUGCACACUAUGAUCCCAACGAUGCUUCUCCAAGUAAUGUUACAACGGUUGCCUGUUCUAUUUGAAGAGCCCUGCUUUAAUGGCCAUGUUCACACCGCAGGAGAAUACAGUUGUCAGUCCUGUAUCUGAUUCCUUAAUAUGUUUAUGUUCACACAGUACAGUUAUUUACAGUAUUCUGUAUGCAACUCAAAUGCUCCAAAUGUGACAAUUUGAGACUCACACUUGUAAGUAAUUGUGGUUGUCAAACCCCAAAACUGACAAUGUGAACGUAGCCAAUAUCAAAGAAAAUGGAAAAUGCAUAGAAUCUGUAUAGAUGCAUAGAAUCUGUCAGAGUAUGCACAUGAAGUGUUAGCAUUUUGUUUUAAAAUAUCUGAAUGAAAAAAAAUUGCAUAGCAUUUAUAUAACAUCAUCUAUCAUCCAUGUAUGGGACAGAAUGCAGACGCACUCCCAGAACUUCAGAAGAAUUGGUGUGUGUGAUAACUAUUUUGAUUGACUGGUUGUUUAGAGACUCGGCUUUUUGAUUUGAUGUCAUCGUUGGCCCUGUUUACACUUUUUGAAGUUGUGAAUUGUUUUUGGAACGUCCUGUUGUCAGCUAACACACUACAGCUGACACGUCUUUUGGGAAAUAAAAUUGUUUUCUAAUUCUGAA